AUGGAGUACCUCUCUGCCCUGAACCCCAGCAACCUGUUCAGGUCAGUGUCCAACGUGAGCUCUGAGGUUGGUCGUAGAGUCUGGAACUCGGCUCCACCUCAGAGACCUUUCCGUGUCUGUGAUCACAAGCGGACCACCCGGAAAGGUCUAACAGCUGCCACCCGCCAGGAACUGCUAGACAAGGCACUGGAGGCCCUACUACUGAGUGGAGUGCUAACACUAGUGCUGGAGGAGGAUGGCACCACUGUGGAGAGUGAAGACUUCUUCCAGCUGUUGGAGGAUGACACAUGCCUGAUGGUGCUUGAGUCAGGGCAGAGCUGGAGCCCCAUCAGGAGCGGGAUGCUGUCAUAUGGCCUGGGCCGAGAGAAGCCCAAGCAUAGCAAGGACAUUGCUCGCAUCACUUUCGACGUGUACAAGCAAAACCCCCGAGACCUCUUUGGCAGCCUGAACAUCAAAGCCACGUUCUAUGGGCUGUAUUCUAUGAGUUGUGACUUUCAAGGACUUGGCCCAAAGAAAGUACUCAGGGAGCUCCUACGUUGGAUUGCCACUCUGCUCCAGGGUGUGGGCCACAUGUUGCUGGGCGUUUCCUCCACUCUGCGCCACAUAGUGGAGGGGGCUGAGCAGUGGCAGCGGCAGGGCCGCCUCCAUGCCUACUGA